CGACCCCGACGGGCGCGCGGUUCUGCGCUCGGGCGUCCGCGUCUCCUCGGAGAGCCUGCGCUCGGUCGUCUGCCGGCGCUUGAGUCCGGGCUGUGGGUUGAGGCGCUGCCCGCGCGUUCCGGAGGUUCCCCCAUCCCCCAUCCGACACGUGGUUCGCACAUAUUUUCUCCCGAUUUUAGAGUUUACAUGGUCUGAUUUGUCUACUUUUGGUUUUGUCGUCUGUGCUUUUGGUGCCUCGUCCAAGAAAUCACCGCUACGUCCAGUGUCCGGAACCUCUUCCCCUGCGUUUUCUCCCAGAGUUUUUAUGGUUUCGUGUCUUACAGUUAGAUCUUUAAUUCAUUUUGAGUUGAUGGUUGUAAAUGACGUAAGAUGAGGGCCGGUCUUCACUCUGCGCGUGUGGACGGCCAGUGUUCCUAGCCCCGUUUGUGGGAGCGACUGUCCUGUUCCCUGUGCAGUCCCCGCCCCGUCGGGACCUUGUGGCCCUGUGCGGGGGUCCUUUCUGGGGUCUAUUCUGUUCUGUCGAUUUUCUGUCUUUAUGCCAGUACUCUACUGUUUUUUGGUUUUAUCUUUUAAAAUUCUUUUCCUGGUGGUGAUAAUUUGUUUAUUUACUUAUUUUUCUUUAUUACUCUUUUUUGCCUACUUUAAAUACUUUAUCUUGUUUAUUUUUAGUUUUCUACUUAACUGCUUAGUUUGUUAAUUCUUUGUUAAUUGAGUGUAUAAGUCUAUAAAGUUACUUAAAAGAUUGUUUUUUAAUUUCUUAUUAGUUCGUUUGGAGGUGAAGGGGCUGUGUUUAUCUGUCUCUUGCUGAUUUUCAGUUUGUUUACACUCAGAGUGGUAGAGCGUGUCCCGUGAGAUUUCUGUUCUCUGGGGCGUUUUGAAGGGUUUCUUUGUCCAUUCGUAGGUGGUCAGUUUUCAUAACUGGUCCACAGAUUUUGGGGAAGUAUGGUUACUCUUUGUAGGGUAGUGAAUUUUACAUGGAGCCUGUGGUGAUGGCACCCAGUGUCCCAUCUAGUUUCUUCCUAGUCAGCCUAUCAAAUUUGAGAGAACUGUGUUAAAAUGUCCUGUUAUUGUGGUUUUGAGAUUUCUGUUUGCAGCACGUUUUGCUUUAUUUAGCUGGUGCUGUGUUCCCGUGUGUCCACAGAUUUGCAGCUGUCUCAUCUGUCAGAUUAUUGUUUUCUUUCAGUAAUUAAGUGCUCUUCUUUGUCUCUUUCAGUGUUCCUUUGCCUUGAAUCUCAUGUCGCCGGCCACAUCACUGCUGCCCCUUCUGGGUGACCCUACUUGGUGUGUCCCAGUGCAGCUGUUGGGUCUUCACCUUUUUGUGUUAUUUUUUAGUGUCUUGUAAACAGCAUAUCCUGGAUUUUGCCUUUUUGUCCAAGGUGAUAGGGAAUCUAACAUAGGUCAUGUGAUCUUUGUUAUUUCUCCUGUAGUUCUGUUUUGUCCUUUCCUAGUUGAAAUGUCCCAGUCCCUUCUACACCCACCCCAGUCUCUUGUCAUAUUUGUCUUAAAAUUGUUACCAGUAUCUUUAAACUUACAGUUUUCUAUUUCAAGAAUUACUCAGUGUCAGUGUCCCCCAAAUCAGGAUGUGUUCUUUUAACAUGCUUUUAAUCCCAGCUCUAGUGAUUUGUGUUUUAUUAAAAAUAGUUAGAAAUCUUAAUAAUGGUACUAUUUUUAAAACAUAUAUCCUGACAAUAUCUUUUUUAGCAAUCAAAUCGCUAAAAAAAGCCCAAACCAACCCAAAACAAAAUGCCCACGGUGGAAGCAGGCUGUAGCCACAAACUACCCAGGGCUCAAACCUGACUGCCCCCUGGUGGCCAUGUGGCCUUGGAGGCCAUGUGGUAUCUGUGUGGUUUGCUCACCCAGAAGGGGCGUCAGUGGAAGCAGCUGCCUGGGCUGGGCGGCUGAUCCUGGUGAUGUAACACGACCAAGAGGCACCGCUCACUGCCACACAGCCCCUCGGUCCUAUGGGGAGUACCACUUGGGGACCCUGGCAGGCGUCAGGGGCAGCUGCCAAUCUCUGUGGCCUCAGAAACCUUCCCUGGGUCCUUUAUGUGAGCCAAGACUGGCAGGGGAUGGAAGGGGAGCUUCCGGGAUCUCAUGGGGCUUCAGGGGGAGAGCUCUGUCAGGAAGGCCCUUGUAGAUGCCGGGAGCCAGGAGAAGCGGUCUGGCCAGGGCCCAGAAGGAGGCUGCUGAGUGCUCGCGAAGAGACGGGGCCUCUGUCUCAACUGCUCCUGCUGGUAGUGGGGGAUUAAAUGAGCUGGCCAAUCCCCUCCUCUCCCGUGCCUCCCAGGGUCUUCCCCAUCUGCCCUCCCCCUCCUCCGCUAUCUUCCAGUGCACGCCUGCUUCCAGGCUGCCUGUGGCUCUCUCCCAGCGCCCCCUCCUCACACCUCAGCCCAAACUGCCCCUCUUGCGUGAGAUGUGCCUGAACGAUUCUGUCCAGAGGUCUGGUCCCUGGUGUUGUCUGUCAUAGAACCCCGUACGGUUCCUUCAGUGCACCUAGGGCAGUCGCUGUAAUCAGCAUAAUUCAUUAAAUCACCUGGUUAUUCUUGUCCACCCGAGAGGCUGGAAGCUCCAUAAAACCUCAUCUUCCAGCUCCCAGCCCAGAGCUGCGCACAAGGCAGGCACUCGUGACGGGGAGAGUGUGUGCGCGGGUGUGCAAGGGACCCUCCUGAGCCAGCCAGCUUUCCCUUAGUGAGAGCGAGAUGUUUAAACAGAUGCACACGCCUGCAGACAAAAGGGCAGAAGACGUGAGCCGGAGUCUCACAAGAGUAAACACAGCGAAUAAGUAUGUGAAAACCAUGCUCACCCUCACGUGUAAUCCACGAAAUGCCAAACAAGGCAGCAAGCUACUGUGUGCACGUGUGCAUGAGUAUGUGCGAUGCUGGUGCAGGCUAGUGCUCCACCCCUCAUGGCAGGGCAUGCACUACCCACUGGCCGUGCACCACCUGCAGCAGGCCACCCGGCCGGGGCAGGGGAGCCCGACCCGUGCCUGUACAUCCCGCGCUUCGCCCACCUGCUGGAGUUCGGGGAGAAGAACCACGAGGUGUCCAUGACGGCCAUGAGGCUCCUGCAGCGGAUGAAGAGGGACUGGAUGCACACGGGUCGGCGCCCCUCCGGCCUCUGUGGGGCAGCACUUCUAGUUGCAGCCAGGAUGCACGAUUUCCGGAGAACCGUCAAAGAGGUCAUCAGCGUGGUCAAGGUGUGCGAGUCCACACUGCGGAAGAGGCUCACGGAGUUUGAAGACACCCCCACCAGCCAGCUGACAGUGGAUGAGUUCAUGAAGAUCGACCUGGAGGAGGAGUGUGACCCCCCUUCGUACACUGCCGGGCAGAGGAAGCUGCGGAUGAAGGAGGGCCUGCCAACCUCCCAGCACCCUCGAGCAUGCUGCUUUUCACCCGUGGUCAGCACCAAUGAGGCGAGUUCCAAGCCAGGCCAGCGUCAGAAUCCAAAGGGCCCAGUGCUUGAACAAGUCCUGUCAAAACAACUGGAGGAAGUAGAAGGUGAAAUAUCCAGCUAUCAGGAUGAAAUUGAGAUUGAACUAGAAAACAGCCGGCCAAAGGCAAAGGGGGCCCUAGCCAGCCUGACGAAAGAUGGCUCCGCCGACGACACCACAUCCAGCGUAUUUGGCGAGGAGGAUGGGGAGGAUGAGGAGCUGGAGGCCGCAGCCAGCCACCUGAACAAGGACUUUUACCGGGAGCUCCUUGGCAGCGGCAUUCCUGGCAGCUCAGAGGCGGCAGGAAGCCCUGAGCAGGGCAGCAGGCCUCCCGCCCUGGAGUCCCUGCUCGGCCCCCUGCCCACGGCGGCCAGCCUGGGCAUUUCAGACUCCAUCCGAGAGUGCAUCUCCUCCCAGAGCCGCGACCCCAAAGAUGCUUCUGGGGACGGCGAACUGGACCUCAGUGGCAUUGACGACCUGGAGAUCGACAGGUAUAUCCUGAAUGAGGCUGAAGCCCGCGUGAAGGCCGAGCUGUGGAUGCGUGAGAACGCCGAGUACCUGCGGGAGCAGAGGGAAAAAGAAGCAAGAAUAGCAAAGGAGAAGGAGCUCGGCAUCUACAAGGAGCACAAGCCCAAGAAGUCUUGCAAGCGGCGGGAACCGAUCCUGGCCAGCACGGCUGGAGAGGCCAUCGAGAAGAUGCUGGAGCAGAAGAAAAUCUCCAGCAAGAUCAACUACAGCGUGCUCCGCGACCUCAACAGCAAGGGCAGGGGCCUGCAGAGGGAGGAUGCGCGGCCUGAGGACAGGGCCAGCGCCAGGAAACUGUCACGGAGGAAAACGCCGGCCAGCAGGAGCAGGGCUGACCCUGUGGCCAGCGUAGGGAAAAGGUUGAGGCCAAUGGUGUCAACGCAGCCGGCUAAGAAGGUGGCUGUGGGAGAGGCCUUGCUCCCAAGCUCCCCUGUUGCGGGAGCCGAGCCUGUCAGGCCUGCGGCGGUUGUGGUGGAGAGUGGACCUGUGUCAUACCACCCCGAGGAGGACCCCGACGAGGAGGACCCUGACGAGGAGGACGGAGAGCCCUGCGUCAGCGCCCUGCAGAUGAUGGGCGGCAAUGAUUAUGGCUGUGACGGUGAAGAUGACGAUGGCUACUGAGCUGUGACCUCGCAUCCAGGCAGUGUCCUGGUGGGACACCCUGCUGGCGCCUCGGGAGGGAUCCGGGGGCUCUGGGGCCAGGGCCUGCAGGCGUGAGCGCUGAGACGCUUGGUGACGAGACAGGCGCUGCCCUGCCUGCUCCGCAGUCCUCGUCCAUGGCCACACGUGGCCUUUGUAGCACUUGCUGUUGGGACUACGUUUUGAGCACUGUAAGAAGUGUUUGCCUGGCUAGGGGGACCAGACGGACUGUCUGCAUGUGUCUGGUCAGACGUGGGUCUUAACAGCCCGGGAACUCUCUCAGGCGGGCACUGUUGUGUCCCCUGUAAGAACACUGAGGCCAGGGAGGCCUAGCACUGGUCCAGGCGAGAGGAGGGCUCGGCGGCUCCAGGACUCCACUCGGCCUCUCGUGGACCCAGUGCUUUGCACGCUCCCCUCCUCACUGUCGCUGAGAAGCACUUGGCGUCCAGCCCCUCCCUCUGCUGGUCCGGAGCUCAUGCAAGCCUCUGGCUGCAGCCCUCAGCCAGGCCCCUGGCCUCCCUCCUGCCACCUGGGCCCUGGAGGCCACGUGGCUCUACCCCCAGGAGCCUGGAGGCUGCCUGGCCCCAGUCCGGCCAGCUGGUGAAUUGAGUCAGUUCAGUAUUGCUCAGCAGACACACGACCCGCUCUAUUGCGCUCGUAUGCACAGGUGCCCUGGGUGAUGACUGCGCAGCCUGAGCCAGGAGGAGAGCUGUGGGCGCUUCCUGUCUGAGCUGGGAUCCAGCUCAGCAUCCAGAAGGGAAGGAAGGCAGGGUUCCUCAAGCCCAGCCACCCUGCUCUGGAUGGUUCCUGCUGCCGUGAACCACCCCUGGGAGCCAGGCCUCGUCCUUGCAAGGCCCAGGGACCACUUUCAGGGUCUUCACUUGGGCAUUGCUGCUCUGGGCGUAGCGGCGGGGGAGGGCAGGUGCUUCUGCUCCUCGAGGCCCUGGCCUUGGCUCUACCCCGCCCCCCAGGCGAGGAUGACCACAAUGGCAGAGCCAUGCCACACUUCCUUCCUGGGGGCCAAACCCCCUCCCGGAGCACAGCAGUCUGCAGGUAGGGGAUUUUGAGGUCCUGUGUCUGCAUCCUUCUGCCUGCACUCUGGGGCUCCGAGAAGCGUGGAGUGAGGGGUGGGUUUGGUGAAACAGAAAGACACAUUACUCGAGCGGAAACCCGCUGAGGUUGUGGUCUGUGAUUACGCGUCUGGCUCCACCCAGGAGGAGUGAGGCCGAGGCAGUGUGCCGGCCUCGUGGGUGGCUUACAGCGGGCAGGCUGGACUGCAGCCUCCUGCUGGCCUCCAAACUCCAUGCGCCUGGCCCCGUUGUCAGAUCCGUGAUGGGGAGCCCGGCUCAGCACAUUCUCAGAGCCACCUGUUCUCACUUCGUCAGCAAUACCCGCUUUUGUAGGAAGUGCCCAUGCCCGUCGUGGACUGUCCUGGUGCUGGGCCCUUCCUGGGGUCAUGGGGCAGGUGAGGAUCUGGCUGCGGCAGCUCUUAGAGGAGCCCCGAGGCUCUCGGGGCUGGGGAGCCUGCUGUGCCGUGCAGGGAGCAGACGGUGGGCCAGAGCAGAGAUGAUGGGGCGGGGGGGGCAGGUGGAGGUGAGGCAGUG